AUGUUUUGGGAAUUAACGUGCGUUGGUCAAAUUCAGUCGUCGGACAAGCAUCCAACGCUGCAGAAAACUCAACUGGGCUGGAUUUUAGCCGGUCGUUUAGGCAAUACCGCCACCUCUCCCGCAAAGAUUCAUUCAUUUCACGCGUCAAUAGCCAAUUCGGAAUUGCAUGAGCAAGUUAGUCGCGCCUGGGAAAUGGACGACAUAGCCGUGCCAUCAAAUAAUUACACGAUCGAAGAAAGCGCCUGUGAGCGUCAUUUCUUAGACAAUGUGUCGCAAGACAUCGAGGGUAGGUUCAUGGUUAAGCUUCCGGUCAGGGAGCGGGUGCUAAGCAAUCUCGGCGAUUCGCGCGAGAUAGCCUUCAAACGAUUAAGGGGUAUCGAGAGACGUUUCAAGCGCGAACCCACGCUCAAGGGUCAUUAUGCAGCGUUUCUCGAGGAGUACCUUUCGCUGGGGCACAUGCGGCGGUUAGAGCCGCCCAUAACUGACGAACCGAUAUCCUACUACCUCCCGCACCAUUGUGUAUUCAAAACGGUUGGACAAUCCUCGAAAAUCCGAAUAGUAUUUGACGCCUCUUGCCGUAGCAGCUCCGGCGUGUCUCUAAAUGAUGCGUUACUCGUGGGCCCGGUCGUUCAACAGGAUUUGAUCUCAAUAUUGAUGCGCUUCCGUUUUUUCAUUUACGUUAUCACCGCCGAUAUCGUGAAAAUGUAUCGGCAAAUUUCAGUCCAUGCAUCUCAAACGUGCUUGCAGAGGAUACUUUGGCGCGAGGAUCCUUCUGCCAGUGUCGAUACUUACGAGCUUACCACCGUCACUUACGGCACAGCUUCUGCUUCGUUUCUGGCCACCAUGUGCCUAAA